CCUCUCUCUCCCUCUCCUGGGAUUUUGCUGCCGGGCUCCCUCUCUCUGCGGCCCUAGAGUUAAUCCUAUCAGCCGAGGGAGCUCGUCUCUCCCCGUGCCACACUGGGAUCCGCCUGGCAGCCACCGGGAGCCGCAGCCAAUGUGUUAGGACUUCAGGUGCUUCUUGGCACAAAGCUAGCCUGCGACCUCCUACCAUAGCGCUUGGCGUCACCUGCUCUCCCGGCCCUGCCCCGGGGCCGAGGGAUUGCGUCCCGAAGCAGGCUUGGGAACCCGCUGCCUCUCAAAUGACCCUCUAGUCUUGCUUUGAAAAAGCCAUUUUGUGUAACUCUUGACUGUGCAUAACUUCCUAAUACACCUGUUGGGACAAUCACUGACAUGGAUAUGGCAUUUGAGAGGUCCUUUACUUGACCAAAUACUGGUGAUUAGAGAAGAGAGGUCUUUUAUUUUGUUUUGUUUUGUUUUCUGUUUUUCUCCUGAUAAUUAUGAACAUUGGCUCUUCGCACUUGAAGUAAAAAUGUUGAAAGCAGAGUCUUCAGGUGAACGAACCACUCUCAGAAGUGCCUCUCCUCACAGGAAUGCAUACAGAACUGAGUUCCAGGCCCUGAAAAGUACCUUUGACAAACCUAAGUCAGAUGGAGAACAAAAAACAAAAGAAGGUGAGGGCUCCCAGCAGAGCAGGGGUAGGAAAUAUGGCUCCAAUGUCAACAGAAUUAAAAAUCUUUUUAUGCAGAUGGGUAUGGAACCCAAUGAGAAUUCUGCAGUCAUUGCCAAAACCAGGGGGAAAGGUGGACCUUCAUCCCCUCAGAGAAGAAUGAAGCCCAAGGAAUUUCUGGAGAAAACAGAUGGCUCAGUUGUUAAGUUGGAGUCCUCUGUUUCUGAACGAAUUAGCAGAUUUGACACGAUGUACGAUGGCCCUUCAUAUUCUAAGUUCACAGAGACUCGAAAGAUGUUUGAGAGGAGUGUGCAUGAGGCAGGACAAAACAACCGCUAUUCCCCCAAAAAAGACAAAGGGAGUGAACUACAGGAUGAGUGGGGUGCCUCUAAGUCCAGCAGAGGCAGUACUGAUUCCCUGGACAGUCUUAGCCCCCGGACUGAGGCUGUUUCCCCAACUGUGAGUCAACUGAGUGCAGUAUUUGAGAACACCGAGUCCCCCAGUGCCAUCAUUUCAGAGAAGGCUGAAAACAGUGAAUACUCAGUCACUGGGCGUUAUCCUCUGAAUUUACCAUCUGUUACUGUUACCAGUCUUGACACCUUUGGCCACCUUAAGGAUUCUAAUUCUUGGUCUUCUUCAAACAAACAAGGGGUUGAUACAGAGGAUGCUCAGAAGGGUAAUACAACUCCAGUACCAGAAGUGUCUCCUAAAAGUACCUCUUUAGCUUCGUUGCCUAGUGAAGAGAUACAGCAGAGCAAGGAAGCCGAGGAUUCCACAUCGAACCAAGAGACUCCAGACAGAAUUGAUAAAGACAUUGCCGAAGAACCUUGUGCUGAUAAUAAGGCAAUGCCAAAAUCUGAAAUCCUUUCACCACAAAAUGAACCUAUGGAAGCUGCUGAAACUAAUUUGGUUGGAAGUGAGACAGCAGAGCAACAGAGGAAAGGACUUACAGGUGGUGAUUUUACCUCUCCUGAUGCUUCUGCAUCCAGCUGUGGAAAAGAAGUACCUGAAGACUCAAAUAAUUUCGAGAGUUCCCAUGUGUACAUGCAUAGUGACUAUAAUGUGUAUAGGGUGAGAUCCAGGUAUAAUUCAGACUGGGGAGAGACGGGCACUGAACAGGAUGAGGAAGACGAUAGUGAUGAGAACAAUUACUACCAGCCCGAUAUGGAAUACUCGGAAAUCGUUGGAUUGCCAGAAGAAGAAGAAAUCCCGGCAAAUAGGAAAAUUAAGUUUAGUAGUGCUCCAAUUAAGGUUUUCAACACAUACUCCAAUGAAGACUAUGACAGGAGAAAUGAUGAAGUUGACCCUGUGGCCGCAUCUGCUGAGUAUGAACUUGAAAAGCGUGUAGAAAAGCUGGAGCUUUUCCCAGUGGAACUAGAGAAAGAUGAGGAUGGUCUUGGCAUAAGUAUUAUUGGAAUGGGUGUAGGAGCAGAUGCUGGACUUGAGAAGCUGGGGAUAUUUGUCAAGACAGUAACAGAUGGCGGUGCUGCUCAGCGGGAUGGCAGAAUACAAGUCAACGACCAGAUUGUGGAAGUGGAUGGAAUCAGUUUGGUGGGUGUCACACAGAAUUUUGCUGCAACAGUUCUCCGAAACACUAAGGGCAACGUUAGAUUCGUCAUUGGGCGAGAAAAACCAGGACAAGUGAGUGAGGUUGCCCAGCUGAUAAGCCAGACGCUGGAACAAGAGCGGCGCCAAAGAGAGCUGCUGGAGCAGCACUACGCCCAGUACGAUGCUGACGAUGACGAGACAGGAGAAUAUGCCACAGAUGAAGAAGAAGAUGAGGUAGGGCCCAUUCUUCCUGGUGGUGACAUGGCUAUUGAAGUCUUUGAGCUGCCUGAGAAUGAGGACAUGUUUUCCCCCUCAGACCUGGACACAAGCAAGCUCAGUCAUAAGUUCAAAGAGUUACAAAUCAAGCAUGCAGUUACAGAAGCAGAGAUUCAAAAAUUGAAGACAAAGCUGCAAGCAGCAGAAAAUGAGAAAGUAAGGUGGGAGCUAGAAAAAACCCAACUCCAACAGAACAUAGAAGAGAAUAAAGAAAGAAUGCUGAAGUUGGAAAGCUACUGGAUUGAGGCUCAAACAUUAUGCCACACAGUGAAUGAGCACCUCAAAGAGACUCAGAGCCAGUACCAGGCCUUGGAAAAGAAAUACAACAAAGCAAAGAAACUGAUCAAGGAUUUUCAGCAAAAAGAGCUAGAUUUCAUCAAAAGACAGGAAGUAGAAAGGAAGAAAAUAGAAGAUUUGGAAAAAGCUCAUCUUGUGGAAGUUCAGCGUCUACAAGUGCAGAUUAGAGACUUGGAAGCUGAAGUGUUCAGACUACUGAAGCAAAACGGGACUCAAGUCAACAAUAACAACAACAUCUUUGAGAGAAGAACAUCUCUCAGUGAAGUCUCAAAAACAGACACCAUGGAGAAUGUGGAUGUCAAGCAAACAUCAUGUCAGGAUGGCCUAAGCCAAGACUUGAAUGAAGCUGUCCCAGAGACAGAGCGCCUGGAUUCAAAGGCACUGAAAACUCGAGCCCAGCUCUCUGUGAAGAACAGGCGUCAGAGGCCCACGAGGACACGACUGUAUGACAGUGUCAGCUCAACAGAUGGCGAGGACAGUCUAGAGCGAAAGCCUUCAAACAGUCUCUAUAACCACACGCAUGUUACCAAAUCACUUCCGCCCAAGGGUCUGAGAACUUCUUCUCCAGACUCAGAUUCUGGUGUCCCGCCCCUCACCCCAGGGGCUAGCCGGGUGUCCUCAUGUGACCACACAGCUGAGUUUCAAGAAGGACCAGAAGGAGGGCUUUUCUCCUUCGCCUGGGAAGACACCUCCCUCUCCUCUCCUUCAAAAUCUGACCAUGAGACGGAAGAAUCAGCCUGCCAACAUCAAGCCACCACCGGGAGGACACUACAAGAAAAAGAUGAUGCCAAAUGCCCCAAAUCACUAAGGGCAUCCAAUUUGUUGGGGGUGCAAGGAGGCAAAAUUAAGCAGAAGUUUGUGGAUCUGGGGACACCUUUGCGAAGGGAUUCGAACAAGGGAAAGAAGUGGAAAGAAAAAGAAAAAGCAGCCAAUAGGUUUUCUGCAGGCAGCAGGAUCUUCCGAGGCCGGCUGGAAAACUGGAAACCCAGGCCUUCCUCAGCAGCCCUGGCCUCCACUCGCUCCCGGUGCAUGCCUUUCUCGUGGUUUAAUGAAAGCCGGAAAGGAUCCUAUUCCUUCGGGAACCCGCCUUCACCUACAAGUCCCCUUCAGCCUUCUCCUGAGACUCUAAUUUCAGAUAAAACGAGGUCCAAGAAUUUUACCUUCAAUGAUGACUUCAGUCCCAGCAGUACCAGUUCAGCAGACCUGAGUGGCUUAGGAGCAGAACCCAAAACACCAGGACUCUCUCAGUCCCUAGCACUGUCAUCAGAUGAGAGCCUGGAUAUGAUAGAUGACGAGAUCCUUGACGAUGGACAGUCUCCCAAGCACAGUCAGUGUCAGAAUCGAGCCGUCCAUGAAUGGAGUGUGCAGCAGGUUUCUCACUGGUUAAUGAGUCUAAAUCUGGAGCAGUAUGUUUCUGAAUUCAGUGCCCAAAACAUCAGUGGAGAGCAGCUCCUGCAGUUGGAUGGAAAUAAACUUAAGGCUCUUGGAAUGACAUCAUCCCAGGACCGAGCAGUAGUCAAAAAAAAACUGAAGGAAAUGAAGAUGUCUCUGGAGAAGGCUCGAAAGGCCCAAGAGAAAAUGGAAAAACAAAGAGAAAAGCUGAGGAGGAAGGAGCAAGAGCAAAUGCAGAGGAAAUCCAAAAAGUCUGAAAAGAUGACAUCCACUGCCACAGAGGGUGCUGGUGAGCAGUGAUACCCUCCUCCUGUGAUACCUCUUCCUGCCCCAUUCUCCAGAGAAUGAAGAAGAAACUGACGAUGGGAGUGAUGCUGCCCUAGGCAGAUUGAGGAACUGUGUGUCAAAUGACUUUAUUUUCUGCAAUAAUCGAAUGCACUCUUAAUUUAAACCUCCUGAAAUAGCCCCAAGCCACUUUGGUUUAUUAACAAACUAGAAAUCUCAUUUGUGAGAGAUGCAAAGUAGCUGUGUUUCUCUCUUCUACCUACCAACAUCCUGUGUUGUGUUGGGCGUGUUGUGCCACAUGGAGAACCAGUGUGACUCCACCCAUGGGAGCACAACACAUCCUGGGUAGUGGUGUGGAGCACCAUGGAUUUUCAGUGUGGGACCCUGAAACUGGGCAGUUUCACCUUUCUGUGUAAAAAAAGCAGCUGCC